AGGAAAAGGUGGACCUGACUGAUACCCUUGAAGAAAGGCGGAAUUUGAUGAUUGGGUUACCGUCACAAACAAAGGCAAGUAUCAAGGAGAAGUUUAUCUUGAAAUGACUUUCUAUUCCGCGAAACCUCCACCUGAAAAACUUCACACCCCAGCCGGACCAACGAGAGCUGGUGUUUUUGAGGCUUCUUCUCCGGGAUCUGGCCUACGUCCCACCCAGGCCCAAGCAGUCGCAUCAAGCAGCCCAUUAAAUCGCAAAAAUACGCCAUCGCCUUUGGGUACACCUGUCAAGAAAAUCAAUCCCGCCUCCGUUCCCGUCGCCCUGCGGGUUGGGAGGCCGAUGUCAGGUCCAAUCUCCAGUGGCCAUCUUCCAUUACCUGGAGAGCCUUCUACUUCUAGAGAUGCUAGUCUCAACUCACGCCAACGUUCCACUGGCUCACUCAGUAUGCCAACUCCAGACUUUGGUUUGGCGGACCGCUCGCCGUCGCGCUCGCCGUCGCGUAACCAAUCACUUGAUCGAGCCGAUCACCUCGUCAAUUCUUUAAAUUCUUUAUCGCUCUCUGGCCGGACAUCGGCCAAUAAUCAUAUUCAUUUGCCUCAGCCUACGCCAUCUGAGCUGCAGGUUAAUCAGCACCCUUCACAACCGCGCCAACAUCGUCACAGUUUCUCAGGUCAUUCUCAUCUCCAACCCAGUGACCGGACUCAUCAAACCCACUCAGCUAGCUCCUCAGUACACGCUACUGAUCAUCCAGAAGAUCGCUUUCAGGACCAUCCAGCUCCCUCAUUUGUUCCUCAACCAUACCCAGAUCAUUUCCCAUCAUCUUCUCAACCGUCGGGGAUUCCAAGGCCUGUAUUCCCAGCCCGCCGUCCCUUGCCGGUUCCUGGCGGGGACAGUGUUCAUCGUCCAACUUCUGCGUGGGGACAUUCCCACAGCGUCCCGUCUGAAGGACAAUCGUACCCGAACGACAGCAUCGUUUCAUCACAGCAGCUACCUGGAAACUAUGCUCAAUAUCCUGACAAUUUUGAACAUCCUCCUAAUGGAAUCCCCAAUGUUGGUACUGCGUAUCCACCUUCAACCCAAUAUGCUGAGGGUGCCAACCUUCAGCAUGGAGUACAUCAGCAAAACAUGGCUAAUCGCCCUCAGCAUCUACCGUACUCCGAGCAACCUAGCCAUUACUCACCUUCGCCUUCUCAAAACCCACCUUUCUCACAAACACAUCACUCUGGCCAUGCACCUUACAACCUUCCACCGCCACCACCUGGUCAAACACCAGUCCCGAUCCAUGAGGUCUUUGGAGGAGGCGCAAACGGUAGAACGUUUCCGCCGAUCCCGCCAAACGGAUAUCAACCCCCAGCUGGCUUCUCAACCCAACAACCUCAAGCAGUGCAAGUCAUCCAAUCCCCUACACGCGCAAACUCGAGUGGAGAAAAUGUUUACUCUUAUCCACCCACCCAUCAUCAAGAGCAAGUCCAUCAACACAAUCAGUCAUACAAUCCCCCACUCGAAAACCCAGCUCCGAAUAAUAACUCUUACCAAUUACAAAACGCCCCACCCCCGCCGCCGCCACAUCUUCAGCCAAUGCAGUAUCAACCGUUCCAUCUCCAACAAGCCCCUGCCAGUAUGCCCCCACCUGGUCCACCAUCCCAAAUGUACUAUCAACCAGCUUAUGCUCCGCCACCUCCAACCACGCCUGCGCCUGGAUUCGCCUCUUCCCAUCCUCAACAAUAUCCAGAGUACAACAACCCGUUCCAUAAUCCACCCCGGCCUUCCUCUGUCGUACCUGGUAAUGUUUAUGUUCGCCCAUCUCCUACCCCCGCACCACCACCACUACCUCCUCCUCCUCAUGGACAACCUCCGGCGCACCCUCAUCCUCAUCCAGCGUCUCAGUCAUUUGCUCCUUUUUACCCACCCAACGGAUAUCAACCUUAUCCUUCCCAUCAAUCUUGAUAUAUGAAACAUUCAACUUUGUUCAUGUAAUGUCUGUUCUCCAACAUAGAACCCGUUUCUUAUCAGUUGUGCCACUGUUCCUUUUUUUAAUUUAUACAAAUCAAUCACAAUACAAACAUUUUAUGUCAUACUGAGCUAGAGAUUUUUUCCGUCUGCGUGACACAUCAGCAAGAACAAAAAUGAAGGUUUCAUCGUCAAGGUGUCUUGUCACUGAUACUCUAGGAGACACUUGCUCAACUGGUG